CCCACUUCUGAGUUAGUCGCUCGACUGCUUCACAAUGUCUACUCUUGCUAUCGGUCUCGGUGUCGCUACUGCGGCCUUUCUGGGUCGCGCCGGUCUUGUUGCCUACCGCCGGUCGAAAGGAGGUGUGAACGCCAUGGGAAAGGCUUUCUACAAGGGUGGCUUUGAGCAGCGUAUGACUCGUCGUGAAGCCUCCUUGAUCUUGGAACUCCCGGAGCGUACCAUGACCAAGGACAAGAUCCGCAAGAAGCACCGUCAGCUCAUGCUUCUCAACCACCCCGAUCGUGGUGGCAGCCCGUAUCUGGCUACCAAGAUCAACGAGGCCAAGGAGUUCCUCGACAAACACACUUAAGUCUCUUCCGACACGGAUCCUCCACUAACGACUGUUCGGGGCGUUUGUGGAUUGGAAGAGGAAACACGGACAUGCACAGGAUACUUUUAAGUAUCUCUUAUUGUACAAGAGAGUUUCUUCUUUGGGUGCAUAGCGAGGCGUUGGUCGGAUUUUUCGAAGAUGAAAGAUAUGUCUUCGUGCUCCCUACGGGGGGCUUUUGUAUUAUCACUAUAUCCUGAUGAGAUCGCCGCUCUUGAAUAUACAACUACACGUCUAUCACAUGAUAGUGGCACGCUUUGAGCAAGGGCCUUUGAGAGCUGUGGAGCAGUCGAAAGUAUAUCGGCUAAAAAAAGAUAUUCGGUUGCUCCGCCGUGCCAUAUAAAGUAUGACAGCACU